UCAAUAAACCGAGUCUUUGCACAAUGAAAAGAGAGAUUCAUCAGAGAGAGAGGCGGAACAGGACGAAAGUGAGAAAGCUGAAGCAAUCGUGAAGCUCUCUCUCGAGUCACUCCUUUCGCUCUAACGGGACACGUCUUCGAUUACCUUUGUUAGGGUUUUCUUUGUCGUCUGCGAAUUCUUCACACAAUAAUGCAUAAGUUGAGUAGAAGCAACCGCGACAAAGUUCAGCAGUUCGUUGCCAUCACAGGAGCUAGUGAGAAGAAUGCUCUGCAGACUCUUAAAUCAAGCGAUUGGCAGCUUGAAGCAGCUUACGAUGUGUUUUACAGCAAGCCACAGCCUAGAAGCAAUAAUGCUGCUGGUGUUAGACGCUUGCAGGAGCUCUACAAUAGAUAUAAAGACCCGUAUUCUGAUAUGAUUCUAGCUGAGGGUAUCUCUGUUCUCUGUAGUGAUCUUCAGGUGGAACCCCAAGACAUUGUCACGUUGGUUCUUUCGUGGCAUAUGAAUGCUGCUACAGCGUGUGAAUUUUCCAAGGAGGAGUUUGUUGGUGGGUUACAGGCGUUAGGCGUAGAUUCCAUUGGGAAGCUGCAGGGGAAGCUCUCAUUUAUGCGUUCCGAGCUUAAAGAUGAACAAAAGUUUCAUGAAAUAUACAACUUUGCUUUUGGGUGGGCGAAGGAGAAGGGUCAGAAGUCUCUUGCUUUAGAUACAGCGAUUGGGAUGUGGCAGCUGCUCUUUGCGGAAAGAGAGUGGCCACUGUUAAAUCACUGGUGUGAUUUCUUGCAGGAUCGUCAUAACAAGGCAAUAUCCAAGGACACAUGGGAACAGCUCCUCGAAUUUGCAAGGACGGUGGAUCCAGCACUGUCGAAUUACGAUGCAGAAGGAGCAUGGCCUUACCUCAUCGAUGAGUUCGUUGAGUAUUUGUAUGACAAGAGCAUUGUUGAAAAGUAAAUUGUCGUCAACUGAGACAAGUAAUCAGCUCUAUUUUACAAUGUUCCAAAUCUCAUUAUUUUUUUUUACACUAUACUUUUAUGUCUCUUGUCAGUCUUCAUAUUUGUUCUGCUCUUC